AGCGCGCCCCGCGUCGACGUUGGAGUCAACAUCGGACUCAAGUCGAUCGCACUCGACGGUGGACCGACGAUUGUGAUGGAAUUGUGGGAUGUGCCGUCGACGCCGCAUCUCUCAAAGGAGACAGCGUAUCUGGAAGGCGCCGACGCCGUCAUCUUUGUCGCGAGCACGACCGACGCCUCGAGCUGCAAGCACGUGCAGGCCUACUACGACGUGCUGCAAACAAUCCAGCAGCGUUUGGACGCGGGCGACCAAAUGUGGCACGAGCAGGUGCGACUCGACUGCUUUCCAGUGAGCGCCAAGACGAACGAAGGUCUUGGUGUCGCGCUCAAGCUUCUCUUGAAUUGUGUCGAUUGA